GUUUCUGGAGUCAAAGUUUAACUUCCGUGUCACGGAGCUAACAUGGCGGACAAAGAAAAGAAGAAGAAGGAAAGCAUCUUCGACUUGUCUAAAUACAUCGACAAGACAAUUCGCGUGAAGUUCCAAGGAGGAAGAGAGGCCAGCGGCGUCCUGAAAGGGUUUGAUCCUCUGCUAAACCUGGUGCUGGACGGGACGAUUGAGUACAUGCGAGAUCCAGAUGACCAGCUGAAGCUGACAGAAGACACCCGGCAGCUGGGGCUGGUGGUCUGCAGAGGAACCUCCGUAGUGCUGAUCUGUCCUCAGGAUGGCAUGGAGGCCAUACCAAACCCCUUCAUACAGCAGCAGGAUGGCUAACUCUCUCGUUAGCUGCUUAGUGGCACAUACUUGAUCUUUUUUUGUUUGUUCAUGGUUUCAUUCUUUUUUCUUUUUUUUAAACCCAUUACAGGACAGUUCUAGUUCAUAAAACAAACUUGUUGACUUAAGUUAAAAAUCUACCACAAAAUGAAUCAAAUGCACUUCACCUCUAGUGUGCAAAUGUUGCAGUUUUGUUUGUAAAGACCCCAAAAGUCUGGGAAGCGUUAACGUGACAAUUUUAUUUUAUUUGUAGUAUCUUUUAUAAUUCUUUGUUUUUGAUAAGAAAAUAAAGUGGAAAAUCUAAUUUUGCUGGGUGUUAUAAGUCACUUUUCUGUACAAAUUUACCAGAAAAGCCAGGGUCUGGCAUGAGUAAUUUGUACAUAUGCAUCUCAAACACAAUGAUGUGUUUCAAGUGGUAACUGUUAAUUUUAAGGAUAAAAGGUUCCAGCUAAGAUAUUAGUCUACUUAAAGUACAUGCUUGUGCAACCUGGUCUUUGGUGCUCUUGCAUUAAUGUUCUGUAACGUGGAACCUAUGGUUUCUUUAAGAGCUGCCUUUGGCUCAUCUGCAUCGCUUAACCUCUACAGGUUUAAAGUCAGUGGGGACUGGUGCCAAGUCCCAAUGGAAAACGUUUAUCAGGAUUCAUUAGUACACUAAUGAAGCAUAAGUUAAAAAAAAUUCCGGUGGAUGACUUAAUAUGAUUGGACUGAAUCAAGUAGAUAAACACCAGAAGAUGAUGUUGAUCCCAAAACCGUCAUUCACUGUUCCAAUGUCACUCUAGGCCUCAAUCUACUUGGAUUUAGUCCUUCUUCCAGAGUUUGGAGCCAUGUUUUCCUGUUUUCAAAUUUAAUUUAAUCUGAAAAGAGAACUUCAGAAAACUGAACCAUAGUCAUUUAAUUUUAAUCAUUAGUCUAGGAAAGACCAUUCUGCCCUGUCUCUGAUUAAAAAGUAUUUUGACAUGGGGUACACAACAGCCGAAGUCCAUCUCAGAGUUAGUGAGGGUUUCACUCUUAAAAAACCCACUUCUUAUGUCUCUCCUCCAAACUUGAAUAGACUUUGUUUCAUAUGUUUGAAGGCUACAGUUAUCCAUUUUGCAAACUGAAAAUGUGUAAUUGAUCUGUGUAAUACACAAGCCUGUUUGAUCUGCGUUACUAAAAUAAAGUUAUUGAAAUGUA